AAAUGGUUACAUUCCCAUUUUCCAGACAUAACUCAUGACUUACCUACAUGCUAAACAUUUAGAGUCUGGACUGCAAUUCGUUUUCCAAUGCUGAUGAUAUAGCAUGUGUGGUAAUGUGGAAAUGUUGGUUGUAAUCAUUAAAUGAUUAAACACUGCACAACAAUCGUAUUAAAGGUUUAUAUUACUGUUUAUGACCAUUGGUUUUAAACGUUUGAUAUCACAACCAGACUUCCUGUGGUUGUCAGUGGCAUUACAUUAGUUGGAAACGUGGUAUGUGUCACUGCAUCUUGUAUUGUCUCCGCCAACAGAAGCGUUCCAUUCUCACUACGCGGUCUGCUUCAACACAACACGCGCUUGUAGCUGUGCUGUUCAUUGUGAAAGACAUGGAACAAAACUGGAUUGAAAACGAAGUCGUCUGAACUGGUUGUGGAGGAAUACAAUGUCCAAUUUUAAGGACACGAACUCUACCCCAGACGGGUAUAGAGCUCUAAACACAAGAGAAUUGCAAGAGCUUUUACAAGAUGAAGAAAAAAUGGACCAUAUCGUUCGGCUCAAUGAGAAGUUUCAGGAGCUACAGGUCAACCGAGAGUUCCUACUGACCUCCAACCGGAGUUUAGCUGAGGAGAGCCUUGCCCGGCGACCCCGCCUCAACAACGGAAAACUCAAGCUGGCUGAAAAAUACAGGGAGCUGGCCAAUUUGAAAACCGCCUGCCGGGAUAAACAGAGCAGACUUGAAGCCCACAUACAGAAGCACAGCCUCCAGACGGCACAUAAUCUUCUCCAGGAAGACGUGGCGCGUGCUGAGGAACAGUCAGAGGACCUUCUGGAAAAGUUCAUGGAGGGGACUGUGCCCCUGGAGGGGUUCCUGGACUCCUUCCAAAGCUUCAGGAAGAGCUACCACAUUCACCGUGCUCAGGCGGAGAAGGUCCAGGAACUCAACCGGGCCAAACUAAAUUCUAACAGAUCCAAAAAACCAGAGGAGCGAGAGGAAAAGGCACAAGAAAUGAAGAGGGAUGAGGAGUUGGAACCACAGAGACCCAACGCCUUUGUGGCCCAAGGCCCGCCCCGGCUUUUUCAGCUCCGCUAUGGCCUCACCCCUGCCAUCCUUGUGCCCCACUUUCCCCGGCUUUCCUCUGCCACAACCUCGCCAUCUGCCCCGACCCAUGCUAUUCUACCUCCACUGAACUCCCAGCCGGGCCAAACCCACAUCCUGAGCCCCCAUGCCCCGCUCUCUGGACAUGGGCAGCCUGUGAACCUCCGAGUCAUUGGACAGUUACCUGGGGGCUGGCCUACCAGACCGGUGCGGUUACAGCAGCUUUAUAGGCCCGCUCCUCACCAGCCUGAGCCUCCUUACCGAUAACUGAGGUGUAUGCCCUAGAGGUCUCUAGACAUGUAACCAAGCAGGGGCUCCACUUCUUGAAAAAGAUUGCUUUUGAAGCCUACAUGGUAUUGAUCUGAAAUAUAGGUUUGCCAUCCAUGUCACAAAAUGUAAACUUUAAUAUAGUGAGACAAUGAAAGAGGAACAGGGAGUAGUUUUCAUUGUUUGAUGCUUAUUUCUUUGAAUGUUAGACUGUCAGGGCUGUGAGGAACAUCUACAAUGGGGAAAUGUCUCAGUUUUCAAGUACCAUAUUGUACGUUCACAUGACUGAAAUCUACAAGGCUUCUAUAAAAUGGCCUGGUGUCAUUUUGCGUAUGAUCAAUAAAGUUCAAAUCAUAAUGUUUAUUAUUAACCUAAAUCCCUGUUGCUACAUGUUUUAUAGUCAGGUCUAAGCAAACAGUCAUAUUUACUGUAUGUGGCUUUGGAACCAUUUCCAAGCCAUCUUGCUUAUUUGCAAAGACAAAAAAUCUAUCAAAAACAUGAAAUGAACAGUGUAAAGACAUCAUCCUCUUUAAAAUCUAGAGCAGAUGUCUAAUAUUUAUUAUUUAUGCCACCAGAAGGAGGUCUGGAUAGAUAAAUACACUGGCAGUCUAGCUGUUUGCUCAGGCUUUUUAAAAUUGUGUAGGAUUUUCUAUUAUUAAUAAUAUUGCUGAGAGUGGAUAUGAGGCAACACUUAACUUGAGACUAAAUGACAACAUUUGUCUUUGGACUGGCUCCCAAAUAAGGCUACAUUUGUAAGGUCUACCAGAUUUCUAAACCAAAAUUGAUAACCACCUCAACACCCAACUACACAAACAAUAUGAAAGCAUUUACAUUACUGUUCAACGCUUUGGGAUCACUUAGAGAUAUCCUUGUUUUCCAUGAAAACAAACCUGAAAUGAGUUUGAAUAGGAAAUAUAGCAAAAUGAAUUGGAAAUACAGUCAUUGACAUGGUUAG